AUGGGCUCCGCCUACCACGACCUCCCCCAGCAACCCGCCAGCCCACGGGACCGGUCUGGCUCUGGCUCUGGCUCCAGCUAUAGCUCUCGCUCCAGCUCCGCAUCGUUCGAAGCUGCCGGUCAACAAGGCCUGGACAGUGAGGGGGAGGCUCUCGCCUACUCGCGGAGCCAGGACUCACUCCACAACAGUCUGCUUGAUGCCCUCUGCGCAGGCAAUCUCGAUAUUACCCGUCACCUCCUCUCCACAGGUGCGCCCAUUCUUCGUAACACCCCAACCCGCAUUCUCUCGGCGCCACCCGCACAACAGAUUCCUCUUUUUGAACUCUUCACCCAGUAUGGAUGGACGCCAAAUACCCCCGGCUUCUAUGGUACGGUGCUUCUUCCCAAAGUCGUGACCAACCUGCCGCUACUUCAAUGGUUCCUCGAGCAUGGCGCGGACCCCAACCUGGGCAAGCAACGCAACAAUCGUGACCGGAUGGGCACGUCUGACACGGAUUCCUGCGCUGCUCUUGCAACAGCCGCAGCCACGGGCUCGCUGGAAGCGGUACGGUUACUCUUAGACGCAGGCGCGCAGGUCCAGAAUGGGGCCCCGCUCCACUCCGCCGCGGGGGCUUGUCCUCCUGGGACCCCUGCCGGGGCGCAGCUCAACGCUGGCGUCAUAUCGAGCAAGGUAUUUGAUACCAGCAGGAUUCCGGUGAUGGCGCUCCUAGUUGAGCAUGGAGCAGAUGUUAACCAGGCCGAGGAUUCACACUACGUGCUUGCACAGUAUCCCAUCGUCUACGCUACAAUGGCGGGAGCGGUCGAGAGGGUCAAGUGGUUAUUGGCGCAUGGAGCGGAUCCAGAGGCCAAAGGGGGUUUUGGAAGUGCGAUCGAAUACGCGAAAUGGCGAGGAAGUACAGAAAUGAAAAGAGUGCUGGGUAUACCGGUAGACACCCUGUGA